UGUUAUUUUUUUAUUGAAUUGAGUUGAAAAGCUAUUGAACGAUGGGUUGAUUGGUAAAUUAAAAUAAAGAAAUGGUCCAAUUAUUAUAUAUCGUUGCAAGUUUACACGUUUUGUUAUGCCCUUUCACUAAAGUGGAAGAAAGUUUUAAUAUUCAAGCAUUUCAUGACGUUUUAUAUCAUAGACUUAACCUAUCACAGUACGAUCACAAUGAGUUCCCCGGCGUUGUGCCACGAACGUUUUUGGGACCCAUAGUUAUAUCAGUGCUUUCUGCACCAUUAGUUGGAAUUUUACAUAUUGCCGGAAUCAACAAAUAUUGGAUGCAAUAUGUAGUUCGUUUGAUAUUAGCUUUAACAGUAAUAGGAGCAUGGAGUCGCCUAAGGGAUGCUCUACAGAAGCAGUUUGGCAACACCUUCACUUGGUGGUUUACAAUCAUAUCAGUAACUCAGUACCACUUCAUGUUUUAUAUGAGUCGCCCUUUACCAAAUAUUAUGGUGAUGCCUUUAGUACUGUUGGCUUUUGAAGGAUGGAUAUCAGGGAGACAUAAACUGUUUAUAAUAUCAGCCGGUGCUGCUAUAGUUAUCUUUAGAUCAGAAUUGGCCAUGCUGUUUGGCUUGUUCCUCAUAAUAGAUUUGUAUUUCAAGAAAAUUGACAUCAAAACGUUAUUAAAAAUUGUAAUACCAGCUGGUGCAGGGUUGGUUGCCCUUACAGUGGUUGUAGAUUCCAUAUUCUGGCGGCGGCUGGUCUGGCCCGAGGCGGAGGUGUUCUGGUACAACACUGUCAUGAACAAAAGCUCUGAUUGGGGUACAUCACCAUUCCUAUGGUAUUUCUACUCGGCUCUACCCCGGGGACUCGGACCCAGCUUGGUCCUCAUCCCAGUGGGCGUGUAUUUAGACCGAAGGCUUGUCCAAUACGCUGCCCCGGCCACCGUUUACAUACUGCUGUAUUCACUGCUACCUCACAAAGAACUGAGAUUUAUCAUCUACGUAUUUCCACUACUCAAUAUGGCUUCGGCGGCUGCGUGUACAUAUGUGUAUAUAAGAAGAACAAAAGCACCAAUCUAUGAGCUGUUAUUCUGGGGCACUAUUGUUAUAAUCAUAGGUAACCUUCUGAUGACCCUGGCAUUCGUCUUAGUAGCCAUGACAAAUUACCCUGGUGGAGUAGCAAUCACAAAGUUUCACAAGCUUCUAAAAGACGAGCCGUUUGUUCACGUACAUAUCAGUAACUUGGCUGCUCAAACUGGGGUGACGAGGUUUACCCAGGCCAACGAUAACUGGUACUACAGCAAAAACGAAUCACUGCAAAUAGAACAGCUUCAGGAAUAUACACAUCUGAUUGUCGAAGCUAAGAGCAAAUAUUCGUCAAACAUAAAAGCCUUAGCCAACACACACAUUGUUUUAGAUAGUAUUGAUUCAUUUUCACAAAUUGCUGUGAACUACAAACUCAUCCCACCUGUGAAAAUCAAAACUAAACCAGCCUUGUUUAUACUAGAGAAGAAAGGUUUUAGAAUAAACCCACCAAAGCCAAUUCAGAAAACUUCUGCACAAGUUUCUGAAGAAUCAGGUGAAGAUACUAUUGAUAUUGAUUCAGAAAACCAUAGUGACAAAACACUUUCUACUACACCCACUAUAGCUGAUGAGGAAAUAACUGAAGAAAGUAUACCAGCAGAGUAUGAAAUAAAGGAUGAAAUAAUUGAUGCCAAUGAAAUUUCUCCAGAUGAAAAUUAUAUUGUAGUCGAGGAACUAAUAACAGAGACAGUUGAAUCUGAAAGCGAAAAACUACCGAAAGCGAAAAAGGCAUUAGACGAAUUGCGUAAUUUACGACAAGAACGGAAAAAGAAAGCAAUUGCCAAAAUUAAAUCAGAGACUCGAAAAGAAGUAGUCGCGUCGGCCAAAGAGAAGCUGCGUGAUAUCAUGAAACGCCAUAAACAUAUAGCUCAUGAACUCUCAGAUAAUACAGAAACAGAAGGGGAUGUACAUCCUGAAGAAAGAGAUGGAAGAGGUGAUAUCCCUGACACAGAUACUGAGAGAGAAGAACCUGAAAUACCUGAACUAGAGAAACAAGAAGAUAAAGAGCAGCGUGGAGAUGCUGAGGCACAAGGCAAUGAAUCGUUCGAAGAUAUUCUUCAGUUCAGUGAAACUUAUACUAACGAAAACAUAGAUGCAAUAGUGGAUGAAGUUAUAGUUAGAUUAAUAGACAGGAAAAUUUACGACGACAAAACAAAACCAGAAGACAUCAAAGCUGAAGACAGACAGAUAAUACAAAAGAUUGUUGAGGAGGUCCUCGCGGAAAAAACGAAUUUUUCUAUCGCCGACAAGUGAUCUCAAAGAAUUUAUAGCUUAUUUAUAAAAUAUGUGCCACGUGUUUCCGAGUUUGUUAUGUGCCUUGCUAAUUUUACGUGUAGCAGAUUUUUCGGACAAAAUGUUACUUUUUGUAAUCCUUAAUCUUUUUAUUUGUAAAUUGUGAAAUAUAUCUCGUCCAUACCAAAGUUUAUUACGCAGCUAGAUAUCCUCGAUUUUUAUACAAUACAUUUUACAAUGGAACAGCAUUUACUUGUUUAAAGCAUUUUUGUAAAUUAUGUUUCAAUAAUAACAUCAACAUGUGUUCUCUAGUCAUAAGAUUAUAAUUUCGAGUUAUGAAUAAAGUGACAAAUCUUAAA